AUGAAUCUCCAGCGAAGCAUGCUUGCCAAAGUUCGGGAAGAAGUGGGUUUCAUGUGGAACAUGUCCUCCAACUUUGAACAGAUUUCUGUGGAUUAUCCUGUUAUCUCGGCCUACGAACGCUGGCCAACAUCAUAUAAGGUUGGUUUCAUGCGCAAUAGGAAAGAUGUGUUGGUGGACAGAAGCUUCGCCACGACAAACGUGCCUGGCGAACGUCUGAUACAAGUGGACGCCGACCAUUUUCAGAUCUACACAAUCUCACCACAGACUCUACUUGAAGAAGCCAUCACACGGUUGGCAUUGACGGUGAAACAGGCCACAUCACCAUCUGCUUUGGGCACGGUGAACUCGACACUUGAGGCUGACGAUGUGGCAGCCGCUCUGGAUCAGUUGUGGCUAAACACUCCUGCGGCAUCACGCAUUGCAAAGGACGAUAAACAUAUUCAUUCGAGCCAACAAGACUCUCUUCCUCCUGACUCGGGCGUCCAGAGUCCCGAAGGGGCCACAAUAGGCUCAAGCAAUGUGGCUGCGGGUUAUGAAAUCGUACCUGCUGCUGGCGCUGUAGCGGCAACGACUCCGGCGGUGAAACUACCAUGCUAUAUGGUCAAACAACACAGCAGAGCCGGUGGGUGUAUCGGGAGGGACAACGUCCUCGAGAUGAUUGACGAGGCUCUCUUGCCAACGGCACCAGGUGCCGAACUAUAUUCAACACAAGAGAUCAAAAGUUUUGCAAUCUGCGGUCUGGGGGGACUGGGAAAGACCCAAAUCGCUCUCGAGUUUGCACGGACGCGCAAAAGACACUUUGACGCCAUCUUCUUCGUGUACGCAGAUAGUCUGACCAAGUUGGCAGAGAGCUUCGACAACAUAGCCAAGGAACUUGGCCUGGCCGACAAGACACAGGUCGACAACUCCGUGGUCAACCGUGAUCGGGUGUUGGAGUGGCUCAAUCUGCCGUUGAAACAUGCUCGGGGCCAGGACAAUGAGGACGUGCCUCUGGCGGCCGAUGCAUAUGCCAACUACCUCCUGAUUUUUGACAAUGCCGACGAGCCGGAGCUGUUGACAGAAUACUGGCCCAUGACCGGCACCGGUUCUAUCCUUGUCACCAGCCGCGACCCCUUAACCAAGUCUCGCAUCUACUCCAACAACGGUAUUGACCUUGAACCCCUCGAUCAAGAGCAUGCGGCCCAGCUGCUACAGUCGCUCACCGGGUACGACAGUCCAAGUGACCAUGAGGUUGCGGUGCAGAUUGCCACCAGAAUGGGAGGUCUUCCGCUGGCCUUGCAGCAGAUAGCAGGACGGAUCCAGCGAAAGCAUCUGACUUUCCGUGAGUUCCUCGGUCUCUAUGAAAAGCCGGCGUUUCAACAGGAUGUCCACCAAUCCAAGGAGCGAGGAUUUGGCAACGCCUACGAACGGAUGCUCUUGGACGUCUGGUCGCUUGACAACCUCAAACCAGAGGCCGUCCGUCUACUGGAGUGCUGUGCCUUGUUGGACCCCGACCGCAUCCCUGAAUCCAUCUUCCUGGCCGAAGACAAUGAGGUGCCUGGCAGUCUGAGUGACCCGAUGAAAUUCGAAGUCGCCCGCACCGACCUCAUCAAGGGCUCCCUGGUCAAACGACUGCACGGCCAGUCAGUCCUGACCGUGCAUCGGGUGCUCCAAGACUCGAUCCGGGUGCGCAUGCCAUCCCAGCGCUUUUGUGACGUGUUCGUCGCGGUCAUGAACAUGAUCAUCCGUGCCUGGCCUUCGCAGGCGCUGUCAUUCGCUUUUGAGCCGACCCUCUGGACCACAUAUGGUAUUCUACUGCCUCACAUUGAGCAUUUGAUUGAGAUGUUGGAGCGCGCCGUCCCGUUCAAAGAAAGCGCCGAUGAUGCAGGAAAGUUUGUUGCUCUUUUGGUCAAAGCGGGUUGGUACCAACACGAGCGUGGCAACUACGAAGACGCACUAUCCAUGUUCGAGAAGGCCUCGCAUAUCGUAAGUCCGUGGUCAACCGUCCUCGGCCGCAUCGUGGCCGACAUCGACUUUUGCAUCACGAAUUCGACUUCCUUCACCAAGGACUGGGGCAAACGUGCCUUAUCCGCGGAGCGGAACAUGGCCUACCGCCUGGCGCACCCCGACGACGUGUUCAAUUUGGCUAUCGCACACAACGAGAUGAGCUACUAUUACAACGAGCAAGGCCGCUAUCGCGACGCCGUCCACCACGGGCUUCAAGCCCUCGCUGUCUACCAGCAUAUGGAAAUGUACCGUACGGGCGAGGCGCUCGCAAUCAACCCGCGCAUCAACAUCGCGCACGCCCACUACUGGCUCGGUGAAUUGGCCGAGGCCGAGAGUUAUGCACUUCGGUGUCUCGAGCGGAUUGAAAUGAAUCAAUAUGAAUGGGAUUUCAACGCCAAUAGGACUGGAAACACCCUCUACAUCCUCGGCAAUAUUCGUCGGAUGCAAGGCGCCCUCGACGAGAGUUUUGUGUUGUACAAGCGGUCGCUCGACCACUACAAGAGCACACUGGGCGAGCUGCACGCCCACACCUUGAAGGUAUACGUCAAGGUCGCCGACCAUUACACCCAACGUGGUGAAUUCGAACUGGCCACGUAA